AUCAUCCAUUAUUAUUGAAAAUACGAUUGAUUGAUUUAUUCUGUUAAUAGGUAUUGAUUGAUUUGUGCCUUUGUGGUGUAAGAUAAGUAAACAUGAUAUCAUGGAACUUCUUUUGAACAAACAUAUCGGUGUUACCCUGCCUCUUUUAUUGACAAGCCCCAGAUUGAAAAUGGUGAUAAAAUUAUAAUGCCUCCUUCUGCACUUGAUCGCCUUGCUUCCCUUCACAUUGAUUAUCCAAUGCUCUUUGAGCUGCACAAUACUGCUACCGAGAGAGUUUCACAUUGUGGGGUUCUCGAGUUCAUUGCUGAAGAAGGCUUGAUAUACAUGCCUUAUUGGAUGAUGGAAAAUCUGCUCUUAAAAGAAGGAGAUACUGUUCGCAUAAAGAAUGUGACCCUUCCAAAGGGUACAUACGUCAAAUUGCAACCACACACAUCGGACUUUUUGAGUAUCUCAAACCCAAAAGCUAUCUUAGAGACGACUCUGAGGAACUUUUCUUGUUUAACAACCGGAGAUAGCAUUAUGGUGGCAUAUAACAACAAGAAAUACUACAUAGAUAUCAUUGAAUCAAAGCCUUCCAGUGCGAUAACCAUCAUUGAAACCGACUGUGAAGUAGACUUUGCCCCUCCUCUUGAUUACAAGGAACCAGAGAGGCCAGUAUCAUCUGUUCCCUCAACCAAGACAUCCACUGAAGAUCAAGCAGCUCCAGCUGAGGAACCAACAUUUAACCCAUUUACCGGAUCAGGGAGAAGGUUGGAUGGUAAAUCCUUGAAGCACCAGCCAGCGUCUGUAUCCUCCCCUUCUGGGUCCAAAGAGAAGCAACCUGCAGUUUCCAAUGGAGGCGGGCAGGCAUCCACCGGUUCUACUUCACAAAACAGCUCUCGUCAAUCUCAAGGAAAGCUUGUUUUUGGUUCUAAUGCCAGCCGCGGUCCAGUUCUUCAAAAGCACAAGGAAGCGCCUAAAGAAGAGCAGCCCCCAAAGGAAGAACAGAAGUUCCAAGCCUUCACAGGGAAAAAAUACUCACUUAAGGGAUAACCUUCAGUUGUGUUUAUCAACUUUUAUCAAAUCUCAUAUGGCUUUAACUUGUAGUUCAACUUAGCCUUAAAUUAAAAGUUAAAGAUGAUGCAAGCCUCCCUUCAUGGUUCAUGGUUGUGUUUGUAUUUUGACGAAGCACUUUUAGUGUUACUUUGUGUUUGAGUUCAUCACCAACAUGUCUGUCCCACAAGCCAGCUAGCAUUAUUUCACGGAGAAACCGUUAUUUGACAUUUAAGCAAUUUGUAGGUGAUUGCUUUUUGUACUAUUAUCGAAGAAAAUAUUGUAACUAUCAUUGAUAUUUAAAUUAUAUUCCAAGUUGGAACAA